AUGGUAGCUAUUAAGAGAGCAAACCAAACUCACCACCCCGACACCAGGAGCCAUUACAGCAACUAUUACGGAAGCCUGGGCUAUGGCUAUAGAGGCUUUGGUGGUCUGGGCUAUGGCUACGGUUGUGGAUGUGGCAGCUUCCGCAGACUGGGCUAUGGCUGUGGCUUCAGAGGCUAUGGAUAUGGCUAUUGUGGUCCAUUGUGCUAUGGAGGUUAUGGAUUCUCUAGCUAUGGAUAUGGCUCUGGUUAUGGAAGCUACAGUUACAGCUGCUGUCACCAUCCAUCGUGCUACGGAGGAUAUGGAUUCCUUAGUUUUUACUAA